CUCGGCCACUCUUGAGUCUCGCCAUUUUCAAUGACACACAAACUUGCUCAAGAAGAAACACAAUGAGCGGGUGGCCCACGAGCCUGUAUGGAUUUCCGCUUGCUAACUAUCACGACUAAACCUACCAAUCAAUCUACGUGGAGGUGCCUAGCGAGGCCCUUCCACCUCGUCGCCUGGAUGAUGUAUCAAACUAUCGCGGAGCCGGCCCCCGCAAACUAGAAACAUACCAAGACCCUUACCUCAACUUACCACUCACCGGAAGCUCCUAACCAGAACCGAAGCUUGCGUUGCGUGCCGAAAACCUUCUCAAAUCCCGCCUCGUCCCGUUUUUUUUCUAAAUGCAGAGGAUGCGACGAUACCACAUCAUCGGUGUCACAUCGUCCGUCUGAACUUAAAGAGUCUCCGCGUGGCCGGUCGCCGCAACUGUUUGUUCACAACCAGUCUCCUUGUCCUAACUCAUCCCAGCCCGCCGGUUGCCAAUAUCUCUUUUUCAUCUCCAUGGCAGGCCCUCCUUCCUCCUGAGUCCCGUCCUCCCUCUUCUCAUCGAGUUCAUCUCAGCUCAACCAAGACACCAUUCUAUACUUCGACGGUCACUUCGGCCACGAGAAAGGACUUGAACCGCAAAAAACUUGGCUAUCUGUUGCCGUCUCUCCUUUGACGACGAGUCCACAGAAGAAGACGGCGCUGAGCGCUGUCGUAACCAUUUCCCUCGCCGGCUCAACUUUUACACAGCAGCAACCAACAACCCGAGCAAGCCUGCUUAUCCGGACGACAGCCCUCUCCCUCGAAUCAUGGACUCUCAUCUCCAGAGCCAGCUGGCUGCCCGCCAUAUUCAAAACAUGAGCGAGGCCGCCUCACUAGAACCUCACUGGGGCUACGCAGACCGGGCGGUCCCCUGCACGAACGAUCCUGGAUCCUGCGCCUAUCUCGACGUCGUCUACGGCUCCCAUGAUCUCGGCAUGUUGUAUGUCGGCAUCUUGUGGAUCCUCAUUGGCAUUAUCUUGCUCCUAUGGGCCGUUGGCCGACGAGCACUACCAUCACUCUCUGAGGAAGACGUGCUACGCGCUGCUCUUCUUGAAGAUACCCGCGCAAGCAAGAGCUUCACCAACCGACUGCGCCAAACAAUCUCCUCCGCUGUGAACCGAUACCUGCUCCCCGAUUGCAUUCGUCCAGUCUUUGGCCGAACCACUCGCCUCCAGGUCUUGAUUCUUGCCGUAUUAGCGGCAUACCUCCUCGUCUUCUCGUUCGUCGGCAUCGUGUACAACACCUGGAUUACCCCCGUCAAGAAGAUGCCCGGUGUUUACAACACGAGAGUCAGUCUCGGUCCUUGGUCUGACCGUAUAGGGGUCCUCGCCUACGCCCUAACGCCCUUGUCCGUCCUCUUCGCCACUAGGGAGUCUAUACUGUCCCUUCUCACCGGCGUGCCCUAUCAGAACUUCAAUUUUCUUCACCGUUGGGUUGGGUAUAUCAUCGUCAUCCAGUCCAGUCUCCAUACCAUUGGUUGGUUGGUCAUCGAGGUCCGCUUGUACCAACCUCAACCCACCGUUGCUGAAGAGUGGAUUUCACAGCUCUAUAUGAUCUGGGGCUGCAUUGCGCUGUUCUUCCUGAUGGCCCUCUACGUUCUCAGCUUGCCCCCUGUCAUUCGCCUGACUGGUUACGAGUUCUUCCGCAAGUCUCACUACGUCCUGGCCAUGCUGUAUGUCGGCGCAUGCAUCGGCCAUUGGAAGAACUUGGAAUGCUUCAUGAUUCCAGCUCUGGUCAUCUGGUUCUUGGAUCGUGCCGCCCGCGCUGUGAGAACCGCCUUAAUGCAUCACAACUUCAUUGAGGGCAAAGGCAUGGGCUUCUCUGCCGCUCAGGCUGCCAUCACCCUUUUCCCGGAUUCCGAAAAUGGCGACGUCGUCCGCCUCGACUUUUCCCACCCCCAUGAUUCUUGGAGCAUUGGCCAGCACUUUUACUUGUGCUUCACGGAGAGUAGCAUCUGGCAGUCACAUCCUUUUACCCCACUGAACGCUCCCGUGACCGUGAAUGGGAGGACCAACCAUUCUUACAUCUUCCGCGCCAAAGGUGGAGAGACCAAGAAGGUUGCAGAGAUCGCUGCCCGCAAGUUAGCUGCUGCUCCAGGAGAAAAGAGUGAGGCUGCGCCUACGACUUCGGUUGUCCUAACGGGUCCUUACGGUGACCCGAUCGUUCGGAACGUCACCUCAGAUGUCAACGUACUAUGCGUUGCAGGCGGGACCGGCGUGACGUACGUUCUCCCCGUUCUGACGAGCUUGAAGAAGCACUCUGCGGGAUCACGGAAGCUUGAGCUUGUCUGGGUCGUGCGUCACAUGAAGGAUGUUGAAUGGAUCAGGCCUGAGCUCGAUGCUUUGGAGGUCGGGGAGGGACCAAAAGUCAUAGUUCGCAUCUUCGCAACACGCGAUGGCGGCAAUCAAGUUUCGGCGUCUGGGCGAUCCGAGUCUGAGUCGACGUCCGACGGGGGAGAGGCCACCGGCGAAAAGCAAAUCGAGACAUCAGCUAGAUCGGUGGGAGAGGUAGCGUCUAGCGAUGCCCCGCGACACCCCGAGAUGACGGCAGUCGUGCGGCAGUUCGUGGAUGCAACGGUUUCCGGUAGGACAUCGGUCUUCGCCAGUGGACCUGGAAGCUUGAUGUCCGACAUUCGAGAGGCUGUGGCGCAAUGCAACUCGGCGAGCAAGGUGUGGAAAGGGGAGGAGCGUUACAAUGUGUCUCUCGUCCACGAUGAGCGAAUGGAGCGAUGAUUUCUUUUGAUGUUCGAGUUUAUCUAGAUACCAUUUUAUGACCUAGGCGGCCUUUAUACCCAGUGAUGCAAGGCAUCUAAAAAUACAUACUUUUUGCCUG